AUGGCCCCGUGAGUGUAGUUCUUUUUGUGUGGUGGAAUAGAAAUUGUAGCAAAAUGGAUAAAACAUAUCAGUACAUAAAAACGUCAAUAGUUACGUUUAAAUUGGAUUACUGCUGUUGGAUAGCGCCCGUUCGAGUGGGAAUUUAUAUUAUAGCUUAUAUGAACAUAUUAAUUUCGUUAGUGUCACUAGUGGGAACAGCGAACGACAGCUACUCGCCGACUAUAAUGAAGAUCCAGGAGAUUCUGAUCGAGGACUACGUGUCGAAGCCGAUCCCUAUUUUGGCGUACGCCACCGAAUUGAGCUUUAACGUGCUGCUGCUGUGUGCUAUGUACCGGAAAGAUAUCGUCCUUCUUCGCGUGUUUAUGAACUACAGCAUCGCCACGAUAAUCUCUGCAACCUUAGUGUACUCUAUGGUCAUAGCCGCUAUAGACGUGCUUCUCAUCAUUACUGUGAUUUCCAGUGUAUUAUUCCAGAUCUACGUCCUGAUACUAGUCCGAAGCGCUAUAGUUGAAUUCAAGGAAGAAAUAGCGGUGAAGAAUGGGAAGAUACCUAAGGAGAUAGUCUUCAGUACAUUGACUAAAGAACAUGCUGAGAAGAGCGAAGCAACCGAGGUGCCUACCGCAGUAGUCACCGAGGCUGAUGUGGCUCCCGUGAAAGAGGAACCGAAGAAAGAAAGAGACAGCAAAUUGGAGACUGUGGACGAACAUCCCAACGAAGUCACUGUUGAGGUUAAACCUUGAAAAAGUGAAGCUUAUUUAAUUUUAUUUGAGGUGAGGACAUCAUGAGAAAAAUUGUGUCUCUAUUUAAUAUUACAAA